GCAGAAGAAGAGGCUCCGACGUAAUGCGUACACGGAAAAGAGCAAGCUUUGACGUCGUCAAAUCUGUCAAUGCGGAUGUUAGCUGAAAGCUGUGGCACUGCCAGUACUAUUUUAUAAUUCCUGUACGGGCAACAUGAGGUCCGUUUUCUUGACACUUGUUAUACUUAUGUGUGGCUCCUUGGUCGGAGGGGCUUCAGCACAACUGAAGGUGGAAGGUGGAAAAGAUGCAGUUCAAUCAAACCAUCAAAAUGGCAACUCUGACCCACCUAAUGAAGUGCCGGCUACGUCUGCUAAAAAGGUUCUGACAGACCCUGACCAGAAUAACUCUAAGGCAGUUCUUCAAUCGCAGAUGCACAACAUAACCAAUGACAAGGUGAAUGCAAUUAAAGUAAUUGCAAACCCCAAGGAACAGGGGACUGAAGAAAGUAAAAAAGAAGUGCAAGUUGUGGAGAUGGAUAAAGGUGACCAUGAAAAGAUAUCAGGGGGUACAGAGGACAAAGGAGAAGUCACUACGGCUGAAGGUGGAGAAAAGGUGACAUCAGGAGCUGACCAGCCCAAGGUGGAAAAAUCAGAUGAAAAAAAUCUUCACAAGGAUGCCCAGGGGAAAGCUGAUACUACAAAGGACUCAAUAUCCAAACAACCAACCAUCGAUGUGACCACACUAGAGCACAAGCCUCUAACAAUAGAGUCUAAUAGUGAUGCUAAAUCAGAAGAUAAAGGCAAGCCUGGAGAAAUAGGAGGGAACCGUCCCUAUGAGCCACCUGCUCUAAGUGACGAGGCAGAAAGCAGUCAUUUCUUUGCAUACUUGGUCUUUACAGCAGUGGUGGUUGCAGUGGUUUACAUCGCUUACCACAACAAGCGCAAGAUAAUUGCCUAUGUUUUGGAAGGAAAGCGAUCAAGAUCUGCUCGUCGUCCAAAAUCUACAGAAUACCAAAAACUGGAACAGGAUUUGUAAUCAGAUGCUGUCCUCUUGAUACACUGACGACACUGUGAGGUGGCAUAAGAAGAUGAGAGGAUGUGAUCAUUUGAAAUGACAGACAUUUUGGCCUGUGUGGACUUUCUGUUUUGUAGCUGGAUGCGUAUUGCAUGCCUAUGCAGAUAAUAAUGUUGCCUUAUUUACUGAAGGAAUACAACACAGCAUAAGAAAAAUGUGCACGCUUUUUGCACCCAUGUCUUUAUUACACUUUCUAGUAAUAUAACUGCAAAAACUCAGGACUGUAGCCAUUUUACCAUUUUAAUUGUCUUGCGUUGUUUGUACAGCUAUGAUUGCACUGUUAGCAAAAAUAAGCCAUUAUGACUCCCUGUAAAACAGUCUGUGUACAAAUUUUAAGAUCUUUAAAGCUGCCUACAUGUACAGAAAAGUGAAUUUGUUUGGAGUUGUAUUAUAACGUUUUUUGUAAGUUGCUUUUAGGAUAUGAAUGGGUUUGCCCUUUUUCUGAGAAGUGAAUUGGAAGGUUUCGUAUUAAACACUGUAUGGCACAAAGACCGUAAACAGUGAGCAUGCUAACCUACUAAUGCUUGGCACUGUUUGGUUGGCUCAUAUCAUCUUGACAAAUUUGGUUGUCUAAAAGAUGUGCUGCACUUUUCUUGUUCUUGAAAUAUUUGCAAGUAUAACAAAUAUUAAAACUGACAUUGAAAAAAGGGGCAAGGCCAGUUCCUGAAAUGUUCAAAAGGUUCCUCUUCUGGGUGUAGUUUAACCACUCAAAGGUGUCUGCCACACCUGUAAAUGCCAUUUUAUUUGUCCAGAUGUGAUGCAUUGGGACAUGUCAGUGGUGUUGCUUUGUAAGGGUAUGCGUUAUCUGUAAACUGUCACACUGUUUACUCCAGGUGUGUCCAAAACUUUUCCACCGAGAGCCACAUCGUAAAACUCAAAACAAUGCAGGAGGUCAUUUUUAUAUUUUUAAUUUGGUAAAAAUAUUAUAUUUAAAGACAAAGCUUUGUUUCAUUAUUAAUGUCUAGUAUCAGCAUUUCAGCUUGUUUUUAAAUUUUGCCUUUUGCUGUAUUUUUCCCGUUUCCCGCAGUUUGAACACCCCUGGUUUACUCUUAGGAUUACCUGAAAGCCUGUCACAAUAACAAAUUUUGCUGGAUAAUUGUUUUUCAAAUUAUUGAUGCCAACAAACAAUACUGUCAACAUUCUUGUAUGCAGAAUCUGCACCUAUUGCAGAUAAUUUGACUUGUGCUUCCUGCCCAAAUGGUCUGUUUUAAUUUAUUCCACUCACAUGCACUCUGAGCAUGCCCACUCCGCUGUGGUUGGUCACACACUCAAAGUGCUUCCUAACUAUGAACCAUAUAAGGAAGUUCGGCCCUCUGUGACAUCAUAAAGGAAUGGUUUUACCACACCUUUUCAAACCGAGCGUUUUGAGCCAUCCCAUUUCACAUUUUAUUUGAAAAUCUGCAAAGCCAUAUUUUUAUCGACCUGGGUAUAAUUCUUGGAAUGUCUUGCUGUUGGUGUGUAUUGUAAAAUAAAUGUUUUGCAAUUAA